ACAUAAUUAUACAUGGUGUUGUAAGAUUUAUUUGUCCCCCAGAGAAGAAAAAAAACGGUGUUGGUUGUGAAAAAUAAGUGGAAUCUCGAUGAUGCAGAUGCACUAGAAGGAAACAACAUUCGUGUUUCUGUCAAAAUCGAUACCAAUUUUUUCGCAGUUUUUCCUUGCGCGGCGCACUGCUUGCUUGUUCUUCCCGGCCGGUGACUUCCUAAUAUCCUCCCUGUCUUCCCUUCGUAGCAUUGACUACACUGGCGAAUAGGGGAAACAACCGGAACACAAGGUAUCAUGGUGUCGGAUGGUGACAAUAAACGGCAAGCAUCACGAAUGAGAAAGGAGCCCGAAAAAGAAAAUUGUAAAGUUUUUCGUCAUCUGUUGUGUUCUGUUCUGGUGCGGAGGAUGAACGGUUAAACGUAUCCUUUUGGGUGUGACACAUCGUGUCAUGUGUUUCUAACCGUAUUGUGUUAGAGAAGAGAUAAAACAAGGGAUGGCAACGCACAGGAAACGGAUGCUCGCCGUCUGGGUUGAAUGACUCACUUGCCAAAAGUAGUGAGAUCACAGACAAGGUCACGCAUUUCCAAAGCAGAUGGGGGCUGGUUAUGGAUUUGCAACUAAAACUUCGAAGAGUCUGCCUAAUUACUGAACGCUGCCGGCAGAUUGUUUUCUUUAGCAGUAGAAAAACAUGUGAAAAGCCAUCCUUGCGUAUUACCUAUUAGUGAAUGUGUAUCUUCUUCCAUCUUCUCUUCUAUUUUUGCAACGAUGGACUCAUCUGGUACACGACAAUGCAGAGUCGAAUGGGUGGAAAUAAUCGAACCUCGCACCAAGGAGCACAUGUAUGCUAACUUGACAACGGGAGAAUGUGUCUGGGAUCCGCCGGAGGGUGUCAAUAUCAAGCGUUCGGAUGCAUCCCAAUGGUGGGAGCUGUUCGACACCAACACCUGCCGGUUCUACUACUACAACGUGGCCUCUCAAAAGACGGUUUGGCAUCGGCCGCAGAACUGUGAUAUCAUCCCGCUCGCGAAACUGCAGACGCUGAAGCAGAAUACCGAUCCAGGCGAUCGGAAGGAUAGCCAUGGCGGUACGCUACAGCAUCACGUAUCCAAGCACCAUUCCGCCAGUGCUGGUGGGGGAUCAGGCACCGUCGGUAAGACCUGCGGCCAUCGGACAGCUACCGGUGUGAUGGAUUAUCGUGACCGAGAUCACCAUCGAAGUUCCAGCUCUGGGCAUCGGUCAGGUCAUGAUAAACGCAGCAAUAGUGACCUGCUGGCAAGUCCACAGGGCCGCCAUAGUUUGCAGCAUAGACUACCACCCAAAACCACCGUAACUGAUGCAGGGUUUCCGAUGGGCGGUCGCACCGGCACUGGCGAAUCUCAUAAAUUUUGCAGGCACGGCCAUCCAAGCUCAGGUACUUCGUCCCGCAGCAGUCAAAAGUACCUUGACUCGGGUAAGUCCAGCGACAGCAGUCUUUCGAGCGCGCACGGUUAUCACCGACGUAUGCAGGAUGGUGGUAGCCUGCGGAUGGGCACCGGAACCGCAGGGAAAAAGCACGCUGGUGCUUCAGUCGGGGAUAAUUGCUACCGGAUGCUGCAGGAGAGUUCCAGUUCGCACAACAUUCCGCACUCGGUUCCAUCGUCAUCGGUCGAAAAGCUGGGCAUGUCGGCGCUGCAUCAUUCUCCACUACCGCCGCCCCAUCAGAUGCUGUCGUACUCGAUGUCCAACUCUUCGGAUCUAGCUGGUGGUGGAAAUCUGUCUUCGCCAUCACAUUCGAUGAGUACGCCACAGUUCAAGAAAAAAUUCGUACAUGAUGGUAUGGGUUCUAAAUCGAACAGCACAGGAUUGAAGGACGGUAGCGGGUUGGUAUCGAAGCAUGAAAGUUUCGAUUAUUCUGGAAAUCCUUCCUCGUCGAUCUCGCUGACUCGAUCAGGCAGCUUUCUUUCGUCCGCUGGCAUCACGUCGGCAGGACCGAUGUCUGGGACGCCAGUUUCCCCUCGACCAUAUCAGCAAUCGAGUCAGCAGCCAUCACAGCACGGUUCCUCCCAUCGGAAGGGCAGUUUUGAUGGAAAUAACGGUGGUGCGAGCGACGAUUCCAUGCACGAAAAAUACUUUAAAUCAGUAGAAAAUACUCCAGUCACUCGAAGGCGCCAUACUACUGCAUCUUCGGCGAAAUCGCCGUCCAUUCAGCAGCAACAAAAACAUUCGAGUGAUUCCAGCCCACAGAGUCCCAUCAGUCCGCAGCAAGCGCAGCAACAGUUACAGCAGAAAAUAGCGAGGCCUUCGGCAUUGGCUGUCGAACUCUCACCGGGGACAGCAACCGGCGGUUACAACAAAUCUAGUCACAGAAGCAACGAUUCCGAGCUGUUCAAUCUGGACAUUACCAGCAAGCCGGAGAAGUACUUGGAUAAGAUGAAGAUCGAUAAAGGCAAGGUUUCGCCGAGCUCGAUUUCCAUGGGUGGCGGGAGUGCAGCCCAAAGCGUUGGCCUGCAGAAGGCAUCUUCGUCCAGCGCAAAGUUAUCCUCUAGUCAAACCGAAAUGGCGGCUGCUGUCGUAUCGCAGAAAACUUCCUCCGGUAAGGACCAAUUCUCGUUGAAUCUCAACAAACCAAACUUGGAACGGCACAACAAGGAGAUGCAACAGAAGCAACAAACUCUGGAAAAGAAUCCCGGCACCGGUUCAACACACACGGUUGCAUCGAACAACUCAUCGUCGCACAACAAGCAGCAGCAGCAACUGCACGAUAGAAAAAAGACUAAAAAUUAUACUGCCAAUCAGGGAACUGGUUUUGAUUUCGAUUACGAUAACGGCAAUACAUCACCACUUUAUUGCAACUGGGAUAAGGAAAAACUCGAGCACUUGCUUCCCCUGCAGCAUUACAUUCUGGAACAGGCAAAACUGUCCGGUUGCUACGGGUUCGGCGAGUUUCUCGAUUCGGACUCGUUACACUCGGACAGUCAGUCGGAGCACUCGUUCUCCGGCCACGAGCCGGACAACGAAGAUUCGGACCACUCAGACGGGCGUGGCGAUUAUCUAGCGCACUAUCCGUACGAGGAAUAUGGUGCCUUCCGGAAGGAUGAUGGUGGAGGAGUUUCGUACUAUAACUUCGAUUUCAAUUUUGGCGAUCGGGAGGAGAAGGAGGAUAUUUCGGAAGAGGUAACGGCAAAACUGGAAAGCAUUCAGGAUCAAAUCUACAGCCCUGUUAAGAACCAUCCCCCUCUGCACAAAUACUCACCGUUCCACGCGGCGAAGCAAAGCCUGGAGAGCUCCGGCUUUGGGUCGGAUUCGGUUGAUCGGGGCAACUUGACGGACAGUAGCCCGGCUGGUUCUCAGGCUCCUCUUGCACAACAAAAAAGUAUAAAUAAGGCGAGUCUGCUGCAACGCUUUCAAGAGAAUCUACUAUCGCACGGUUCGACGGCUGGCAAUGGGAAGAUCGCUGAAAUGGCUUUACUGAAGGAGUGCGAUAUAGAAAAGUUCGCCCAAGAUAAUUUGAAUCUCCACUCGAAGGGUAUCUUUAGGAAGAAGUCAUCGAUUCAGGAUAUGUUAAGCUGGACGCCGAACGCCAUCAGUCGCCCAAUGCUCUCGCUGGCGAGAGACAAGGCGGGCAAGAAGAUGGCCACCGAAUUGUUCAAGCUAGUUCAGAUUUACAUGGGUGAUCGAAAGGCGCGGGUUGGAAUGAGUUUAAACUCGGUAGCGAUCGAUAUCAUCACGAUGGCAAUGGGUCAAGCGCAGCUACGAGAUGAGUUGUACAUACAAAUGUGCCGGCAAACCACGGAGAAUCCAACGCGCGAUUCGUUGAUUCGAGGCUGGGAACUAAUGGCAAUCUGCUUGUCCUUCGUUCCACCGUCGCCAACAUUCCAACCGGCCCUGCUAGGCUAUAUCAAUCGACAUCGGGAUCCCUCUUUUGCGACCAGUUUUCCCGAGGUGGGAAAAUGGCCCAUUCAUGUACAGAUUUCACAUUACGCAACCAUCGCUUGUCGACGGUUGGAUCGGAUUGGUAGCUCUGGUCGGAAACAGGCCAAAAAGCCAACCGAGGAAGACAUCAACCAGGCCCGGGAACAAAUAUUCCGCGAUAGCAUGUUCGGUAACACACUUGGCGAGGUGAUGCUACUGCAGAAGGACAAAUUUCCGGACCGGCAGAUUCCGUGGAUUCAAACAACACUUUCGGAACAGGUAUUACUGCUGAAUGGAAAACAAACCGAGGGUAUUUUCCGGGUGCCAGCCGAUGUCGAUGAGGUUAAUUUACUCAAAUGUCGUUUGGAUAGGUGGGAAUUUCCGGAAAAUAAAGGAACCAUGGAUGCUCACGCUCCUGCGAGUUUGCUUAAACUGUGGUAUCGCGAGUUGUACGAUCCGUUAAUACCGGAUGAACUGUACGAUGAGUGUGUAGCCACAGAAGAUCCCGUUGAGGCAACUGCAAUAGUGGAAAAGCUGCCUAAGAUAAAUCGACUGGUUCUCAAGUAUCUCAUACACUUCCUGCAGCAAUUUGCUCUGCCAGACGUUGUAGCUAACACAAAAAUGGACUCGUCCAACUUGGCAAUGGUUUUCGCGCCAAAUCUGCUCCGCUGUCAGUCGCAGGAUCCAAAGGUAAUUCUCGAAAACGCUCGCAAGGAAAUGGCCUUCAUGCGCACGCUGAUACAACACUUAGACACCUCGGGUGUGGCGUAUCUUGUUUGAUCUGCCCUGCUCUUCGCUGUCUGAAUGUUAAAUCGUCGACUCAUAAAAAGAAACUCUUACGCUGGAGCGGCGCUACUUUUUAGCUUGUUAAAAUCUACACAGGAAAACGUUUUGUUUUGUCGACUCAUGUUCAAGCUGUAUAUACUGUAUUUUUAUUAGAAUUAUCAUAUUUUUAAUGAUUUUUUUUUCUAACUGAGAUGAAUUAUCUUUUCGAUUUUAUUCCUAUCAGUCGAAAAGAUUAAAACAGAUCUCAUAGCAAACGAAGCUGUUUUCUUUUUUUGUAUAGUAGAUCUCAGCUUCAGUUCCCCGGAAACCGUUUUCCAGUCCAGACUACUUAGAAUGAAAGCGAAACUAAAUAGGUGAACCGUACGUUCGAACAUUCACGAAUAAGGCGGUUAGUGCCGGAAAUGAUUUCACAAUCCCGCAGUUUUAGUUACCUACCCCGAAUGCAAUAACAUAUUUUACAUUUAAGAAAAGGGCCAUCAAGUCUAGCGAAUCAAAUCGCAAAUAACAUUUCGCGCACUCAAAUUAGUAAAUAACCGUACAAUGAUAGAAACAGGAUAGGAAAUACUACUCAUUCCAGCAAUUAAUCGCCUGAAAUGCAAAUAUACAUAUUAAUACAACUCAAAACAUUGAUCCCACUUCCAAA